AUGGAAUCACCCAACAUCACCAUAGACCAAUUUGCUCUUCUUGCAUUAAAAGCCAAUGUCCAUGACCCUCAAAACCUCUUGGCAACCAACUGGUCUAUAUCUACCUCUGUUUGCAAUUGGAUUGGUGUCAGUUGUGGAUCCAAGCACCUCAGAGUCACAGCUCUCAGUCUUUCUAUCAUGAGUCUUACUGGAACUAUCCCACCUCACUUGGGAAAUCUGUCUUUUCUUUCAUGGCUCGACAUCAAAAACAAUAGUUUUCAAGGCUCAUUACGAGUCGAAUUGACUCAUUUACAUUGGCUGAAAUACAUAAGCUUUGCUAAGAACAACUUCAUUGGGGAAAUCCCAUCAUGGUUUGAUUCAUUCCCUAAACUUGAAAGCUUGUUUCUGCAUGAUAACUAUUUCAGCGGUGUUCUCCCAUCUUCUUUGUGCUAUUUGCCAAAGCUGUAG